AAUAGUCCCUCGUUACCAUGACCCUUGGUGAAACUAAAACGCGAGUUGCGGCUAACUUCGCGAGGCGACGUUGCGAUUGGGUGAGAGAGAAGGCAUGCCAAUCAGAAUCAUCGCACAUUUGCGGAAUCUAUUUAUACCAUAUAUUUGGUCAAUUUAGAGAAUCGUAACCCGCAGAGCUUGGUAUACCUUAUGUUCUAUCGGUUUUUUUUUUUUUUUUGUAAUGCAGUAACACUGGUUACCGUGUUACUGCAUUACAAAAAGAAAACAAACCGAAAUAACAGAACAAUUAAUAUCGGUAAUGAGUUUACUUUAUCGCGACGCGUAAUAAGCACCGACAAAUAUCGUUUAUCAUGCACAAACUAUUGGUAAAUUAUGUAAAUAAUUCAAAUAACAAAUUUUAGGGUGUAAUUUUCAGGGGGCAAGCUGUAAUUCUGGAGCAGAAGCUUAUCAAUGCUUAGGACAUGUAAACUCGCCCUGCGUCCCGAGUAUACAUGUAGCGCCAUUUUUCGAGGCGUCCGUCCGUUAAUUCGUUACAAAAGGGACCGACGUUUGACUUGACAAACGAGGCGAAAAGCGAAGCUUGUGUGUUUUCUUUUAUCGUCUCGCGCCUUUCGCAACACGAGAGUCGAGGGAAGACCUGCCGUGCCUUGUCCUGCAGCAUAAGCGGCUUGGUUUGUCAUUGUCUACGCCCUGUUUCACUUUCGUUCGGGUUUUGCACGCCGGGGAUCCCCGUGGCAGGGGGUAUUCGUAGUGCAUACAUAAAUAUGUUUUCUAGGUUGGUCGCGUCAUUUGCCGUAGAGUGGGCUGCCUUAUAUUUUCGGUUGACUGAUUUUCUUUCAAAUUACAUUUUGCCUUUAGUGUGCUGUACACAUACAGCCAUUCUAUUCUACUGCUCCGCUCGUCGCAGUCAGAGCUGUUUGUUGUCAACUUGUUGUCCGUGCCUGCGCUGCUUUCGUUCGGCCGUGCGUGCUGGAGUUCUUGGGGCAGGCAUGCAGGCAGCUCCGUGGUGAAUACAUGAAUACAUUUUAUGGACUCGUGUACAUGGGUUAUAUAAUCCUUUCUUUCCCUGUGUUUUGCUAUUAUCAUUGUUGUUGUUGUUGUUGCCACCGUAACUGGCUCAUCCCCGCAACGGGGAUCGGUCACACUGUAUACUUAAUAAAGAUUGCACGUAAACAAAAGACUAAGGGAAACAAUAGAGACCAUUACAAAUUAAAAAAAAAGAAGACCAUAGUAGCUCAUUUUGACUGCAUGUCAUGCUCAGCUUCUAGAUCUUCGUCUUUCUCUUCCACGCUGGCGUGGCUGUCCGCGAGACGUAAUGCGCGAGCCUGCCCGCCACGAGGCUCGCGGUCUCGCAGAGCGCUCAGUGUCGUUCGACUGAGCUGGCGGCUGCGAUGGGUUGCUCCCGGUGGACCGUGCUGGCUGUCUUGCUGCUGCUUGCCGUGCCUUCGCUGUCGGCCCAGAGCAGCGAGGCGGCCGACGACGAGCAGUCUCCGGUCGCCACCAAGGAGCAGGUGGCGGCCAGCGGUGGCAGCAGCAUGAACGAGGACGAGGGAACCAAGGAGCAGGCGGCCCCCGCCGCCUCGCAGCAGGAGCCGCCGGCCGACGAGACCUGGGCCAAGGCCGAGUCGAUGCACGAACCGGGAGCCUACGGGUGCGGCGAGGCGUGGGAGACGUGCGACUCCAAACGCAUUUACGACGACGACGUCGAGGAUGAUGACAAGUGAACCGGCUUCCAACUCAAGCACUGGAUGACUUGCGUCGUCCCGUAUCUGGAUUGCGGCAGCAUGACCGGAGGCUUGCCCUGCCGGUUACCAAAUUGCUCCCCAUUUGCAUCAUCGCUAUACCCGACCCCACCCAUCGCACCACCGUCCAGCCAAUCUCGGGAAUCAAAAUUCUUUAACAUUCGUUUCAAGAAAAUAUGUAUACCACCAA